UCUCUGCCAUAUUUAUUUUCACAGCUGAUAAUCAACCGAAGUGCGUCCUUUAACGUUACUAUCAUGGAAUUAUAGAUUAAAAGCUCAUUGUUUACAUCGAAUUUGUUAGUAAAAUGGGUGGUGAAGUACGACAUGUUAUGAAGUUAGUCUUUUGUAUAUAUAUUUUUAUCAGCAGUGGUAUAAUAGCAGAAAAUGGAGGGGCAAAUAUCGCCAAUUCCAAAGAGCAGAUCAAAACGAUAUCCAAACGUUAUGACCUAGAUAUGCAAACUUGUGUUGAUAAUUUUGAUAUACAUAAGGACAAAAUAAUUCGGACACAAGACUCCAGAGCAAUGGGAGCUAAAUAUAUAAAUGAAAUAGAUUUGAGUUCGAGAGAAGAGUGUUUAAGAUUAUGCUGUGAAACAAGUACGUGUGAUGUAUUCGUGUUUGAAGAGAAAAGUCCUGGAAGCUGUUAUUUAUUUCACUGUGGUUCGCCAGAUGAUUUCAAAUGCAAGUUCACCAAACAUCACAACUAUACCAGUGCUGUCCUUGCUAUAAACAGGCAUAUGACAGAACUGGAGAACCAGAUUAAGUUAACCAAACACGAGCAAGAGUUAACGAGACUCAGGCAACCCGAAUCCGCGGCUGAGCCGAGUACGGUGCAGCCAUUUGCAGGGACAACUGCAGUGCCUCCUAAACCUCCACCGAAGGAAACUGUCCAACUCGUUCCUGCAGCCAGCAACGCAACGACAGGACGUCACUGCAGCCGGUAUCAAUUUGAGUGCCACAGUUCUGGCGAAUGUAUUGCAAUCUACAAUGCAUGUGAUGGAAUCCCACAGUGUGCAGAUGGAAGUGAUGAGGCACUGGAACUGGACUGUCCGGAUUUAGGUAGGACACUGAUAGACAGCGUUACAGGCACUACGCAACCACCUCCAGCACUGCAGACUCUGCCAGCAGUGAAUGACAACAAGGAAUCAGGAGGAAAUGGGCCACUUCCAGCGAUAUCUACAUACAACAAAAUGCACCACCAACAGCAACAAGUGAACAUGAACCAGCAGAUGCAGUCACAGGUGAUUGGUGCUGCAGUGGCCAAUCAGCAACUGUCAGCACACAGUGGUGCUGCUCCACUGUACAGACAGCAGCAGGGAUGGCCACAACCACAGCAACCACAACAAUAUGGUGGAACUCAAGCCAGCAAUAAUGGUGUUAACCUCAGCAGCAGUCAGAAGUUGUUUCCUGUAUCCCAAAACAACCAACAACUGCAACAACAGCAACAACAGGGCAACAGACUGUAUGGCAGGGAAGGACAGGGACCAGGCUACAGCGGUGGAAGCAACAGUAACAACCUUCAAUGGCAAAAUUAUCAGCAGCAACCGAUGUCCCCUGCAGCCACCUAUCAAGGCCCUAUGAAUCAGAUUCAAAGUGGAAAUAAUCACGAAUAUGAGGAUCAAAGCAGUCACAUUUUUAAUCACAAAGGCAAUGGAUUAGUUGCAGAUUCAGACAGGUACAAAUAUAAAGGAAUACAUCACUAUAAAUACAACCCUGCUGCUCAGUAUGGUGAAGUGCCACAUAAUGGAUAUAAAUAUGGCAGUAAUAAUGCAGACAAUUACUACAAUAAUGGACCAUACAGGCCACCACCAUCAAACUGGCAAUCUCCUCAUCAACCACCUCUACAAGACUUUAAUUCAGUGCCCGCAAUGGAAGACACACCUUCACACUUGAAUGACAAUGAGAGAAACGCUAAAAUGGGUCCAGAUGGAAUGCGAGGGAGGUACAGUGCACAGCCCAUACCUCCUGAUUAUUAUUAUGAAGACAGCCAGGAGGGAAAAUUCCAUGCACCUCAUGCCCAUGGAUCAGAAGUACCUCACCAGCCAGCCCAUAACCAUCCAAUGCAAGGAGAACAGGAGAAUAUUGCUGAUGGGGCUACCCCAAUAAAGGCCAAAGAUCAGAAAUCUAAUAACAAAUUUCAAACUUCUUUGGAAGCAAAGUUGGAGCAAGAUCUGUCUACUACACCAAAGAGAAAAGGUUCAAUAGAUGUCCACAUUGUGGAAUCGCAAACAAAUCCCUCCACUGAGGCCACAACAGUCAAAACAGAAGUGACCAAGGUUUCCCAUGAGCAUAGUUCUCACCUCAAGAAGACUCAUAAAGUUGCGGUGAACAUGGAUGAAGUCAAAUUAAGUGAGAAUAGUGCAGAAGAAGAAGAACCAGGGAGACCUAGUGGUGCAAUUCUCUCUCUCGCUUUAGGCUUAUGCAUUACGGGCAUUAUGGCAGUGCUGGUGGGCUGCAGGUUACGUGUGGUCAGGAGGAGACUACGGCGUGGUGGAAAAUCUCCAUAUGCACAUGAUGCUGACUACUUGGUUAAUGGGAUGUACUUAUAGUGUGUGUUUAUAUAUGCUGCAGUCACUGCUGAAACCAAAGACUUUGUGGUGGAAAAAGAAUUUACUGACAUUUGUUUAUCAAAACUGAAGACUGUAUGUAGAAGGUAUAAAAAUUACAGUGUUCAGUAUUUAUGAAAGUGAUAUUUAUGUGUUUUAGAAACAGAAAAAUAUGCUGUUUAAUGUAAUUUAUAUUAUACAUAAUCUUAUAAUGUAUUUUUAUUUUUUUAUUCUAAAACUUUAAUUUUGUAAUAUAACUUUUAUAUAAUAUCCUUCCCUCAAGGUUAGGUCUAUAUAUGGAUGAAAUUAUUGGGUUUCGACAUAACAAAUCAACUGAUGAUCAGAAUUUUUGUAUUCAUUGAUACUGGGGGGGGGAAUGGGAGUACAAUGAGACAGUACAUCAGAUAUUCAUAGACAUUAAGAAAGCCUAUACAUCAGUUAUGAGGGAAGUAUUUUACAAUAUUCCCAUAGAGUUUGCAGUAGCCAUGAAACUAGUUAGGCUGAUUAAAAUGUGUUUAACUGAAACCUACAGUAAAGCCCAUAUAUGUAAACAUGUGUCUGAUAAGUUUUCUAUUUAGAAUGGUCUACAACAAGGAUAUGCUUUAUCAUCAUUGCUUUUCAACUUUACUUUAGAAUAAGCCACUAGGAAAGCCCAGGAAAACCAGGUGGGACUGAAAUUAAACAAGACAGAUCAGCUGCUGGUUUAUGCCGAUGAUGUAAAUCUAUUGGGAAUAACAUAGAUACCAUAAAGAAAAUCAUAGAGACUUAAGCUGACGCUAGCAAAGAGGUUGAUAUAGAAAUGCAGAGAGAACUAAGUAUAUGUUGCUGUCUUUUCACAUCAAUGAAGGGAAAAAUCGUGAUAUGAAGAUAGUUAACAGAUCUUUUGAAAAUGUGGCACAGUUCAAAUAUCUGGGACAACAGUAAUAAAUCAAAACUUGAUUCAGGAGGAAA